AUGGAACGCGCAGAGAAGCCGAAGCCAAAAGAGAUCCCCAACGUCAUCACCGACGUUAAAAAUCGAAAAACGUACAUCAAGGGCAGAUUCUUGGGGAAGGGUGGCUUUGCACGGUGCUGGGAACUAAUUGACAAAGAUACGCACGUCAAGUAUGCAGGCAAAGUUGUGUGCAAGGCCGAUCUCGUCAAACCGUCGCAGAAGCAAAAAAUGCAACAGGAGAUUAUCAUCCAUUCUUCACUGAAACACGAGAAUAUUGUAAACUUUCAUCGGUCAUUCGAUGAUAGUAGCAACAUCUAUAUCCUACUUGAAUUAUGUACUCGACGGACGUUGAUGGAGUUACACAAACGGAGAAGACACAUUACAGAGCCUGAAGCUCGUUACUUUGUUAGACAGACGGUCAACGGCUGCCAGUAUUUGCAUCUGAACAAUAUUAUUCACCGUGAUUUAAAACUGGCCAAUCUCUUCUUGAGUGAUGAGAUGGUGAUCAAAAUUGGAGAUUUUGGUUUGGCCUGUAAACUAUCAAAUGAAGGAGAAAAGAAAAGGACACUUUGUGGUACACCAAAUUACAUAGCUCCUGAGAUUCUCACCAAGCAUGGUCACAGUUUUGAAGUCGACUCGUGGUCGAUUGGAUGCAUAUUAUAUACCCUACUUGUCGGUCGUCCUCCGUUUGAGACAUCGAACCUCAAGGAGACCUACGAAAGGAUUAAAAAGAAUGAGUACUUAAUCCCUCCGGGGGUCUCUGUGCCGGCGUCCAGGCUCAUCCGGGCCCUUUUAGACGCAGACCCAUCCAAACGACCAAGCAUGUUCAGUGUGAUAGAACAUGAAUUCUUCAAGGGUUUUACUCCGAACUGUCUGCCUGUUAGCGCCCUGACAACUAGUCCUCGGUUUGACAACCUCUGUCGCAAUCUUACCGAAAGAAAGCCUCUGUCGGCAAUCGACGCCAACCUAAAUGUGUCUGCAGUACACGUGGACGCGAAUCGUGACUGUGAUUCUGACGAUUUUUGGUUGAGCUCUCUCCAAAAGAAGAUAAACGAAGUAAUUACUGCCCCCAAAGCGGCAAGAAAUUCCCUCAAAGCCAUGGAAGAUAGCGAAGAUCCAGCUUGCAUACCUAUCUAUUGGGUUUCAAAAUGGGUGGAUUACUCGGAUAAAUAUGGCAUUGGAUAUCAUCUUUGUGACAGUUCGAAUGGCGUUUUGUUCAAUGACGGAACCCGCCUGCUUUUGACGGCCAAUUCUGAGAAUCUGCAGUACAUCGACAAAAGUGGCACGGAAUAUUUGUAUACCAUGGUUGAUUAUCCCAACUCUUUGGCCAAGAAAGUGACUUUGCUCAAGUGCUUCACUUCCUACAUGCAUGAAAAUUUGUUAAAUGUGAGUCUCAUCGAUUUCUUAUGCUUUGAUGCCAGCGCCACUGGUUUCCAUCCGCAAAAAACAGUUUAUCUCCUCCAAAACAUAAACUUCAUAUCUCCUGUCAAUUUCUUGAAAACAGGCCGAUCAACGCCAGUUGGGCGCAGACCAGUUAGCUUAUUUUAUGGAAGCCCGUCUUAUAUACCUUUUCCGUAUCCACGUUCGGAAUUUGUUUAUUGA